AUGCUCAGGGGGAAAAUGCCAUCAGGGGCAUUUCGUAGAUUUUUGUCAACGAGUGCCAUCCGUAGUGCAAAGAGGGCCCCAAAGCCAUUUUCACUUAAAUCCCAUAAUAAAUUAUCCGAGAACCAGACGACUCCGGCUUCUCCAAUAAAUGAUACAAACAUAUCUACAACUGCACCAGCUCGAACGAGAUUCGCACCAUCUCCAACAGGAUUUAUUCAUCUAGGUUCUCUGAGAACAGCACUUUAUAAUUAUUUAUUAGCUAAGAGUACAGGAGGUCAGUUCCUGCUACGACUGGAAGACACCGAUAGAAAGCGACUGGUCCCUGGAGCUGAAGAGAAUAUUUAUGAGUCGUUGAAAUGGACGGGACUCAAUUGGGACGAGGGUCCAGUAGUCGGUGGACCCUAUGGGCCAUAUAAGCAAUCGGAAAGAUCUGGAAUAUAUGCCAAAUAUGUCGAACAGUUGUUAGAUUCUGGAGAUGCUUACCGUUGUUUCUGCUCAAGAGAGCGGUUAGAUUCAUUAAGUAGCUCUGCCAGAAAGCUACACCCCCCUUCAAUGGCUUCUUACGAUAGAAAAUGUUCUCACUUAUCGCGAGAAGAGAGUGAUGAUAAAGCUCAUAAUGGGAACCCAUUUACAAUUCGGCUCAAAUCACCAUCAGUAUACCCAGAAUUCGACGAUAUCUUGCAUGGUACUCUCUCACUACAGACACAGGUUAACUAUUCCGAUAUUCGUUAUGAUGACCCUGUUCUGGUGAAAUCAGAUGGACUGCCAACUUAUCAUUUUGCCAAUGUGAUAGAUGAUUAUUUAAUGAAAAUCACACAUGUUAUACGCGGAGAAGAGUGGCUCGCAUCUACUCCUAAGCAUAUGGCUCUAUAUACUGCUCUAGGGUGGAAGGCACCGAAGUUCAUUCAUAUUCCACUAUUGACAUCAUUGUCGGACAAAAAGCUAAGUAAACGUUCGGGUGACAGAGGAAUAUUAUCAAUGGGUGACUCUGGUAUUUUGCCUGAGGCUUUAGUCAAUUUUGUUGCCCUGUUCGGUUGGUCUCCACCUCGUGAGAGUGUUGGGGUUACUAUAUCUGAGCUAUUUACACUACAAGAUCUCGUAGAGAAAUUCAAUUUAGAUGGACUCACAAAAGGAAAUGCAAAAGUGGAUGACAAAAAGCUUAUGUUUUUCAACAGUCAUUAUUUUAGAGAGAGACUUGCUGAUAAAACGAAGUUGAAUAGCAUUGUACAGGAGUGUCAUAGUAUGCAGAUGGAAUUGGUCAAAAAUCAACAGGCCGAUCUAGAUACUUCGGUUCUAAGUGAAGAAUACACAGCAAAGGUGCUGGAAGCCUUUGGGACUAAAAAUCUUACAUCUGUGCAAGAUUUUGUAAACCGUAGCAGCUAUUUCUACAUACAGCCAUGGCAAAGUGACACUGCUGUAAAGGCUUUGAAAGAGCUUCAAGCUGACACAUAUGCUAAAGAUAUCAGUGCCGAGUUCCUUAGAUUACUAGACCAGGAAAACCUACCUGAUUCAUGGGCUGAAAGCAUUUGCAAGGAAAUAACCAGCUCUAACAAAUGGACCAAAAAACAGAUAUUCAGCGUGUUACGUUACACUCUGGCAGGAGGGGUUUCUGGCGUAACAAUUCCCAAAAUAAUGACCAUUCUCGGUCCAAAUGUUACUAAACUACGGGCCACAGAAGCUCUUUCGAAAUUGUAA